AUGAAAGUGGGUCGGUCGGCAGAGUACAAAGUAGCUGUGGGAGUGGUCGAGGGGAAGAUAUAUGUAAUUGGAGGAAGUGAUGAAGAUAGCCAACUGGAAGUGUUUGAUCCAGAAACGCAAACCUGGGACUUCGAAGAUGAGGAGAACGUGAAAUUUGAAUCGGAGUUUAGUGUGUCGAUGAAGAAAAAGGUUUAUAGGGUGGGCAGAGAUGGGAGAGUCAGCACGUAUAGUCCGAGAGAAGGUAUAAACAAUGAUGCAACGGAGAUGCUAAGUUGUAAAGUGAAGUUCGUGUGUGUGGUAGGGAAUGUGCUCUACGCUUGUUUUACGUGUUGCGGGUUAAUGUGGUUUAACACAAAGCUCAAGGUUUGGAAAAGAGUGGUUGAUCGUGAUGGCAAGGAUGGGAAGCUAGAAAUGUAUUCGUCUGCUGCUAAAAAAAAUGGAGGAAUUCGAGGGAAAGAUAGCCUUUUUUUUGGCCACUACCUCAUAUUGAUCGCACGAAGAGUGAACUUAUCUGUAAACUGA